GUCCUCACCACUAUCUGACACACACACACUGCUCCUCUCUUUCUAUAUGGCGUAAACUCGAUGGCUGAUAGUGCAAGCAAAGCAAACCAAAGCAACUUACUUUUUUUUUUUCUUUCUUUUGAGUCUCUAAUCUCUCUCUCUCUCUCUCUCUUACCUUUAUUGUGUCUUCCUCUUUGUCUGUUAAAAUCUGCUUUUUCUCCUUUUUUUAUUUAUUUUUAUUUUUUAUGUCCCAACACCUCACCUCUAUAAGCUUAAGUUCUUUGUUUAGUGCUUCCACUCACUCACUACCAAAAACUCAUCUCUUCUCUUUCUUUAUUGACUAGCUAGUUACUCUAAUGUUAUUAUCCUGUCAUAACAUAAUAUAAUAAUAAGCAUGGAAACUUGUAUUUGAUGUAUCUUCACUUCACUUCUUCUCCAAUUCAUCAAUUCUUCUGCAUGUGGCUGACUACUUCAUUCUCAAUUAAUUAGCUAAACCAACUGUUGUUUUGUCCUCUCCUCUCCUCCCUUUUACUCUCACACUCACACACACUUUGUCUCACCUUUUGAGGAGAGAUAUAACACCCAGGGUGGGAAAGUGUCUUGUAUGCUUAUAAAGUUGUCUUCUCAUCAUUACCAUAUGUUUCUGCAGUGGAUGCCCUACUAAUUAAUUACUUGCUUGCAAUUCUUGAUCCCUUUCAUUUCAUCUCAACUGUGCACCAAUUCAAAACCACCCUCCUUUCCCAACUGGUGUACGUAUGUUAAUUAAAUGUUCCAAUGAAGAAAUAAUAUUAUAAUUUUGGCACUUUGUGUGUUGUUUUUGGUCUCCAAAUUAAGGUAGGAAUGGAACUUUCCAGCAGCCAAGAUGGAGAAAUCCCAAUAAACCACAAUAAUAAUAAUAAUAAUAAUAAUAAUAAUUAUGGUACUAAUGGACAUGGUCAUCACAUGAUUCACCAUCAUCAUGUUCAUGAACACCCUCCUCAUCCUCUUCCACUACACCACAACCACAGUAAUAUCAUUAUAUCAUCAUCUUCUUCAGCCGCAGUAGUGGCAGUAGUACCCCAAAACCCUUCAGUUAAUGGCACAACCACCCCUAUGCAAGCAGCAGCUGUUAGUACUGGUGUGGAAUUAGAUCAUGAUCAUUCCUCCUACAAGAAAUCGUCAUCAGUUGUUGUGAGGUACAGAGAAUGCCUAAAGAACCAUGCAGCUGCAAUGGGAGGGAAUGCUACAGAUGGCUGUGGUGAGUUCAUGCCCAGUGGUGAACAAGGAACCAUUGAAGCACUCAACUGCUCUGCCUGCCAUUGUCACAGAAACUUCCACAGAAAAGAAGUCCAAGGUGAGACUGAGGAUCAGGAGAACUACCACCAUCACUCAGCCUUCAACUUCAACUUCAACAGACAGCAGCACCACCACAGCAUGAGGAAAUUCAUGUUACCUCUUCCUGAUCAGGCUCUUGGUCUUGGCUACCACCACCACCACUCUACUCCUAAUACAGCAUCAGCAGCAGCAACAGGUAACAACAACAACAUUCUUCCUUCUAGAGCUGUAGCGCCACCUCAUGGACAUGGCCACAUCAUCAUGCCAUUCAACUACAACAUACCUUCUGAAUCUGAUGAACAAGAAGAGGCAGCAGGUAGACUACAUAUGCAUCAUCAUCAUCAUCAACAGCAGCAGCAGCAGGAGGUAGUGAUGAAGAAAAGGUUCAGGACAAAAUUCACACAGGAACAGAAGGAGAAAAUGUUGAACUUUGCUGAGAAAGUUGGAUGGAAAUUUCAAAAGCAAGAGGAAUCUGUGGUGCAACAGUUCUGCCAAGAGAUUGGUGUGAAAAGAAGAGUGCUAAAAGUUUGGAUGCAUAACAAUAAACACAAUCUCGCCAAAAAACAACUUCAACAUGAACAUACUACUGCUAGUGCUAAUGCUAAUCAUCUCCCAACUCCAUAAAACUUCUUAAUUAAUUUAAGUCUUUCUCUUGCAUUUAUAAAUCCAUCCGUCUGUACUUGUUGUGGUAAUUUAAUUAGUUUAGGAAUAUUGCAUUUGCAUAUUAAUUAAUUACGUACUUGUUUUGAGUUGAGUCAUGUUUCUCUCCUCUCCUCAGGGAUUAACAAUUCAUCAUGCAUGGACUCUGAGGCCGAUUUGUUCGUAUUACUAUUAC